UACCUACGCGCUCAUCCACGCUUUGAAUAAAAAAUGUAAUCCUAAAUAAAACGGAUGUCGCGGCUGAAAAAAACUAUUUUAUAAACCCAACAUGAGUCGUUCGUGUGAUUACAUAAUACAAUCAAGUAGCUCAGAACCGCUCGGACCGCUUCGUUCAGAUUUGUGAAUGAAUCAUUCUGACCGGUGCUGUGAACCGGUUCAACUGAUUCAUUGUAAAUGAUCCGACUCAUAAGAACGAUUAGCGCUGUGAAGAAAAAGCAACGUUUUUUUUCAACGGAAGCACUUUGCACGUCACAAUAAGAAUGUCAUCACGUAUCUGAGCUGGUGUUUUUCUAGAAAAAGUUGAAUACUCUGGUGCAGCUUUUUAAAAAGGUUUUUCUUUUAGCAUGAUUGUCAAUUACAGUAGCAGUAGCAGUUCUGAAGAGGAAACUGAAAGCUCUUCAAAAGAUGAUUCCUCACCUUUAAGGAAAAGAGGAAAACUUGACACUGAAACCAGUGAACCUUUGGAUCGUGGAUCUGUUAAAAGGAAAGCUAGCAAAUCAGCCCACUUGACACCUCGCCUGCCUAUUCCUGACACCGUGAAGGAGAUGUUCAGAGAAUCUGAAGAACAGUGGAGCGAUAAAAGUGAAGAGCAUGAAGGACGACAGCGGUCCUUCCAGCAUGAGCGGGGCAACUGGGCUACAUACGUGUUCUGUCCUUAUGAUCCUGAGGAGGCCUUUCUGGAGCUACUCAAUGAAAUGAUGGAGGUUGCAUCUGCUCAGAGCAUCCCUCUGACCUUGUCUGAAGAGUUUCACCUCAGUCUCUCAAAAACUGUGGUUCUGCGGCAUCACUGGAUCCAACCAUUUAUCCAGUCCAUUCGGACCAGUCUGACACAGUUCCAGAAGUUUUUUUGCGUGGCCGAUAAACUGAGGGUUUAUUCUAAUGCUGAAAAGACUAGUUGUUCAUGUAGGACCUUUCUUGGUAUGGAAAUCUCCACUGGAAAAACUCAGUUGCUUGAGCUCAUCAAAACAGUGGAUGAAACCAUGAAAGAAUUCAACCUUAGCACGUUUUAUAAGGAUCCUUCUUUCCACAUAAGCCUUGCUUGGUGUGUGGGCGACCAUACGGAAAGACUGAAAAAAACAUGUUUAUCACAAAUGCAGAGUCUCGUUGACGCCCAUGAAGAUGGGCCAUUUUACAUACAGCUCAACUGCACGGAGCUUCGCUGCAAAUCGGGAAAUAAGGUCUUUCUUUUCCCCCUCCAGUGAUCUUGAAGCACUGUUUAGAAUGUGAAUUUCAGGUUUGCUAACAUGUAUUGAUGUCAACAUUUGUGUUUUAAGACUUUUCAUAUUUAAGCAAAAUAAAACAAAGAAUUGUACUAAAAAACA